AUGAAGGUCAAUUUUCUUACCGUUGCUGCUCUCAGCAGUUUUAUAUAUUGUGCAGCUGGGUACACCAUUGCUCGCGCCAAUCUGUUGUCUGAAGAUGCUCUUGCCAAAGCUCCUCCAAUCACAUUUACCGGUCCAGCUGUUCCUGGUGGUCCGGAUGUCACCAUCACCGGGACCGUGGAGGUUAUUUUCAGAAAACUGCAUGAGAUGAACCCCAAGUACGACCCUUGGGAAUUUCCUGACUAUCAGGAAAAGAUGGCUCGACAGGGUCUCUCCAAGAAUAGCACUCUCGAGGCUCGAAGUGAUAAACUAGAGAAACGAGGACGUACCAAAUGCAACGUCUCUGGAAAGGAGGUUGGAAACUAUAUCACCCAGUGUGCCGAGGGUGUUAGAUACCUCAGGCAGCUGAAUGGCUACUGCGGCGCACCUAAGGGCUAUGCUGGCUGUUCACGUGUCUCUUGCUCGCAUAACUGCGGUAUCUUCCUCUGCAACGACAAUAAUAAACCAAUUAAAGUCUGGUGUGGUAACCUUGUAGGAGACUUUUAUGCUAUCGUCGAUGAGUGUGGCAAUAAGUUUAGGGAUUGGAUUGUAUCCCUCAAGGGUGCUAUCUUUCGUGAUGGGCCACCUGCAUGGAAUACUGUUGUCAAAUCACAGAGCUGCUGA